AUGGCGGCCAGAUCUGUAAGCUUCUAUACACUUUGCGAUCUGUCCACAUUCCAAGUGGACGCAAUGGUGAAGUGGCUGAGCUGCAACGGCGAGGUUUGGGGGAUGGGCCCCACGGCGGUGUUCGCCAGCGCCGCGGCCCUAUUCCUUUACAGCGAGCUUCGGGCGACCAUCAGUACGGCUGGCGACCGAGCGCAGCUAUCGGUGCUCGAGAAGAUACUAGUUUCGACGAUGGUGGUGGGAAUGCUGGCACUGAUGGUACACCUGUGGGUGUGUUCCAUGCGAUUUUUCCUGUACUAUUUGGACACUUUAAUUAGAGACAGUCCCAGUGUCCUCCUAGAGAUGACAACGGUGGGUAUUUUAGGAGGGCAGACGGAGCUGAUACCUCUGGGUCCGCUGACACGUUUCCUCCGUCAUCAGCAGCCGCAGAUCCACAUAACAGUCUGUUGGUUCUUGUCGCUGUGCUACGCAGACUACAUCAGAAAGCAUUACUGUCGAAGAUUCAACGUGCCGUAUUUGGAACAGUGGUGUGCAGAACUACAAGCACGCACAGCACGGGGAGUAAACAGGACCAUAGAGAAUGUGCAAAGUUUCGUAGCGGCCGUUCAGCAGCGCCUACGCGGCUACGAAACACACCCGCCGCCUAAUGACAUCGUCGCCCCAACUGAGAGCAUGCAGUCCAAGAGAGCAGCGUCUUCAAUGGAUCUCAGAGCGAUGGCGGACCAGUUCACGAGUCAGUCUCGAUGCGACGGGCGAGCCAGCGACUCGGUUCUUAUCUGCAAAAAGUCUUACACCGCUCACUCUAACUUCAACUAUCAAACUAGAGACUCAACUACAGAUGCAAUCGAGAAACUUCGGAAGUUCAUUAAUGCGACCAGAUGCUCGUGCAAUCCAAAGAACGCAGACUUGCUCCCAGUCACCCAAAACGCUAUCAUACAAGACGUACAGACGGAGUAG